AAAUAGAGUGGGACCAGCAUUGGACAGCAUGCAACGUGUCGUCACCGUUGCUCCAUUAGUGGAAGCAAUUAUGCGGUGAAUCGCCGCCUUCUAUCCCUAACCGACGAAAAAGCACAAAUUUCCCACAUUUUACAUGGCAAAAAUUCUUGCAGAUCGCCAAAAUUGAGGGAUUUCAACCCUCUCAUAAUAUGCAUGUUUUGUUUAACUAAAAAAAAGAAGAAGAUGAAAUUAAGAAUGGAGUUAGCAGAGAAUCAUCUUCCCGGAAUCGAAGCGGAAAGCAACGCCAUUGUUGUUGCGAGCAGAUUUCAAAUGGAAAAAGAAGCUGGAGCUGUUGGAGUUGGAGAAUAUCGAGAUGGUUAUGUAGAUUUGAGAAAAAAAGAAGACGAAAACGGAAUUGGAAUUGGAAUUGAAGAUGGAGAUUUUGGCGCCGGUGAUGAUGUCUGCCCCAUCUGCUUGGACGCCUUCACAUUUCCAUGCAGAUCAAAUUGUGGUCACUUGUUUUGCGCUGCGUGCAUCCUGCAAUUGUGGAUGUAUAGAUACUCGAUUCAGCCCUGCAAAUGCCCCUUGUGCUGUUGCCGGAUCGUGAAUCUGGAGCUGCAAAUUACAUCUGAGCAAGCCGAUUACGGCGGCGAGGUUCGAAAGGAAGUGCAGCACUACAACGGCCUUUACAUCUCUGGACUCUUUGGCGCGCUCCAUAUAUUACCAUUGCUUAUGGGGCGGGUAUUUAGGGUUCUAGUAGAUCUUGAUUAUUUGAGAUGCAUCUACUACGUGAUGCGCAUCAUCGGGCUGUUUCUGGGAUUACUCUAUGAACGCCUCGAGUUUGAGUUUCUACCAACGGGAGGGUUGGGAAUCCAAAGGACAUUCGACCUGAUUGCUAGCAUGCUCGUUGCUGCUCUUUUUCUCAUUGGUGUGGUGUGUAGAUGGAUGCUUAAACGCCGUGCCAGGCUCUUCGUGGUCGGAGACAGUUGAGUCACGAACGUCGUUUUUGAGCUAUUUAUGGAGGGAUAUAUGUAUCUGAUUGUAGAGUUUAGCUAGCUUGCUCGUGCUUGUGGACAUGCGAUGAAUAGCACGUUCAACACCAUUGGUAAUGCGUUGCAAUGGGUGUAUAAAAUAACAUUUGGAGUACUUAUAUGUUAUAUGUAAGUUAGAAUUGAAUGUAAAAAGUGUUAAUUUCAUGUAUAUAGUGGAAACUUGGUUGCAAUA